AUGGCUACAAUCGUCAAACAAAAACCGAUUACUAUUAAAUGUUCAAAUUCAUCAAAAGAUAUUGAACACAUAACUUGCAUAGCACUUGAAUCAAGUACAAAACAAACACCAAUUAGAAUGAUUUGGAUCUAUUCGAAUACAGCAAAUACAUCAAAAGAAGAUUUCAUGCCAGCCGAACAUUUACAAACGACUCUGUCGGAUACACUCAAUUAUUUUCCUAUACUAGCUGGUCGUGCUACAGAAGAUGCAAAAGGCAAUGUCACGAUACAUUUAACAAAUGAGGGUAUCCUCUAUACUGAAGCAGAAUGUAUGACUCAUACGUUGGAUUAUUUCGUACCACGAACGCUUCCCGACGAAGAAUUCGAGUAUGAACAUAUUAACAUAAGUGAUUUAUCUGUAAGAGUAAAAACCGAUUUGACAGGAGCUUGUGUGUCAAUACAAGUGACACGUCUAAAGUGUCAUAGUGUUAUUUUAAGUAUAUCAGCUCUUCAUUGUUUAAUGGAUGCACAAAGUACGUCGGAUUUUAUCAAUGCAUGGGCUUCUGGUAAACCACCGAAAAAAAUGCCAGUGUUUGACAAAACCUUCGUGUUAUAUCCAACCGAAGAACAACGACAGCAAAUUAGUACUCUGUCUCGACCAAAGGACUGUGUUUUUAAUCGAACUGUGGCAUUACCGUCUGGCUCACCAUUCAGUCAAGUACCACAACAACAACGUGUGAUAAGCAAAGUUUAUUUCUUCUCUGCUGACGAAUUAAAAAUGAUUAAAAAUGAAGCCUCAAAAAACCUAACAGAAUCCAUUGAUUUCAUCAGCACGUAUGAUGCACUUUAUGCUCAUAUGAUUUUAGUAAUUGCUGCCGCUACUCAAACGUCAUUAACUGAUACUGUCAAAAUUCUUCAAGCAUUCAAUGGUCGGCCAAGUUUCGUUUCUUGUUGUUCACCAACUGUUCUCAACUAUUUUGGUUCAUUACCAUUUUGGCUCUAUGCUUUGAUACCAUCUGAUCGACAACCAACACUCUCAUCAUUAGCACAACAGAUUCAUGAAAUGCAUUCAAAACAAUCAGCGAAUUCACUGAGAGACUACAAUGCUUAUUUAAUGAGUGAUGAUGGUAGCAUACUUACAAAUCGAGUCGAUGCAGAUUUCAUUAAUCGUGAUUUUCAUUGUACCUCAUGGCGAAAAAUGAAUAUGUUAGAUGCUAAUUUUGGUAACAGUGGAUUUCCAGUCUAUAGUGGACCAGCGGAUUGCUUAAAUCCGCGAUAUUUUCCAAUGAUGGAUGCAUGUAUAAGAGAUUCAUCGGUUUAUAUUUUGCUAGGAUUGCGAGAACAAGAUUACGAACGAAUGAUGCAACAAAAUAUGCUACAUAAAUUUCGAUAA